CAGUCGUGUCACGUGAACAUCCACGUGCCUCCUAAGAGUCCCUCCCCCCUCUCAUCACCAGUUCAGAACUCACCUCAAUCGUACUUGAGCUGUUUGCGUCCUAUAAAUUCACAGCCAACUCCUUCCUUAUAUCCUGCGCAAAAACACAGAAGUGAUGACAUGAGACUCCUCCUCAUGAUCCUAGCUUCCAACUUUAAACAUCAAAUCCCUGCUUUUGUUUCAACGUUUCUUUGAUAUACCAGCUAGGAGAACUCAAAGCCUCACCCGCAACUACACUGUGUAUUGCACAACACUUCAUUUUUUUUUUCAUUGACCAAUCUGAAAAAAAAAAAAACUGCAGAAGGAAGAGAAUCUUGAUGGAGUGUUGGGUAUAAAAAGUGAUGUAAAGCGCAAUCCGGGCUUGCGUUAGCUCACGACUCCCCACAACGCUGCUCCAAGAUUUUGUUCUCUGCGCUUCCCUGCAUUCCUAUGAUCACCGCCGGUGGGGCUCUUUUCUUAUAUAUCCUUCACCACCACUACCCUAAUCCAUACAUCUUCCUGGCCUCUAACUAAGAGGGUGAAAGUACACUCGGUUACGAGUAACCAUUUCUUAGUUCAGAAAAUCAAGCACAAAAAACCAAUGGAAGGUGUUUCCAAACUUAUAUUAGGAUUGAGUAUAUAUGGUUUAUUGGUAACAGUUGGAUUGACAGCGAUACCCAUGGAAUUGGCGUGCCUGGCAAUAAAGGGAGAUGUGACGGUGGACGAAUGGGAGGUGGAAAGAGCUUCGGUGGAUUUCGGAAUGAUGAAGAGGACGGAGCCGCUAGUCGUAUUGCACCCUGCCUCGGGGGAGGACGUGGCGACGGUGGUUCGAGCGGCGUAUGAGUUGGGCAAGGGGUUGAGAGUGUCGGCGAGAGGGGAGGGUCACUCCACGAACGGGCAGGCUCAGGCGGAGAAAGGGGUGGUCAUAGACAUGAGGUCGCGGUCUAGUGUGACGGUGUGGGAGGAGGAGAAGUAUGUGGAUGUGUGGGGUGGAGAGCUCUGGAUAAAGGUACUGAUGGAGACGUUGGAGUAUGGACUCGCACCAAAGUCCUGGACCGAUUACCUGUAUUUGACGGUCGGCGGAACCCUCUCCAACGCCGGCAUCAGUGGCCAGACCUUCCAUCACGGCCCUCAGAUCUCCAACGUCCACCAGCUCGACGUUGUCACAGGAAAGGGCGAGUUGUUGACAUGCUCCGAGGAUCUUAACACUGAGUUGUUCCAUGCCGUCCUGGGAGGUCUUGGACAAUUCGGAAUCAUCACUAGGGCCAGAAUUGCUCUUCAACCGGCCCCUCACAGGGUGCGUUGGAUAAGAGUGCUGUAUUCGGAUUUUUCAGUGUUCACGAGAGACCAAGAGUUUCUGAUCUCUCUGCAUGGGAAACCAGCCAGUGAGAGAUUUGACUACGUUGAGGGAUUUGUAAUAGUGGACGAAGGGCUUAUUAACAAUUGGAGGUCCUCCUUUUUUUCACCCAGUAACCCAGUCACUCUCAGUUCUCUGAAUGCUGAUGGGGGUGUCUUAUACUGCUUGGAGAUUACCAAAAAUUACCAUGAAGGCAACGCAAGUACUGUUGACCAGGAAAUAGAGGCCCUGUUGGACAAGUUAGAUUUUAUAGAAACAUCAGUGUUCACAACAGACGUGACAUAUGUGGAUUUUCUGGAUCGCGUACACAAGGCAGAGUUAAAGCUGAGGUCCAAGGGUUUGUGGGAGGUCCCACAUCCAUGGCUCAACCUUUUUGUUCCCAAGUCAAGGAUAGCUGACUUCGACAAGGGCGUCUUCAAGGGCAUUCUGGGAAAUACCGCAAGUGGCCCCAUCCUCAUCUACCCCAUGAACUCCAGCAAGUGGGAUCAGCGGAGCUCGGUGGUGACACCAGAGGAGGAGGUGUUCUACCUGGUGGCAUUUCUGAGAUCAGCUGUCGAUAAUGAGACGGUGGAGUACCUGAACAAUCAGAACCAUGAAAUCCUGAGAUUCUGCGAUGAUGAGGGUAUCAAGGUGAAACAGUAUCUUCCACAUUACACAAAGCAACAGCAGUGGAAGGACCACUUUGGGAACAAAUGGGACCAAUUUUAUCAAAGGAAGAUGCAAUUCGAUCCUGGCUGCAUCUUGGCCACUGGCCAGCGUAUUUUUAAGCCUCCCACUACUACCUCCAACGACGUAUGAAAAGUU